AUGGGUUCUAUCGACACAAGCAAGACAUAUGCUCUUCCUGAGAGCCACAAGGAUCUCAUGGAGAAGCACUUACCUGAGCUUGACCCGGAGGUCGCUGAAAUCAUGAAAAAGGAAAUUCAGCGACAACGAGAGUCGAUUGUGCUCAUUGCCUCUGAGAACUUUACCUCUCGAGCCGUCUUCGAUGCGCUUGGUUCACCCAUGUCGAAUAAGUACUCUGAAGGAUAUCCAGGAGCAAGAUAUUACGGUGGCAACCAGCACAUUGACGCCAUUGAGCUGCUAUGCCAGGCGAGAGCAUUGAAAGCAUUCAGCCUGGACUCCGAGAAAUGGGGUGUCAAUGUUCAGUGUCUUUCUGGCAGCCCAGCCAACUUACAGGUCUACCAAGCUAUCAUGAGGCCGCACGACCGAUUGAUGGGUCUCGACCUGCCUCAUGGAGGUCACUUGUCUCACGGUUACCAGACACCACAGAAAAAGAUCUCCGCUGUUUCUACCUACUUCGAGACCUUUCCAUAUCGAGUCAACCUCGAAACCGGCAUCAUCGACUACGACAGAUUGGAAGAGAAUGCUAUGAUGUAUAGACCCAAGGUGCUCGUGGCAGGAACCAGUGCAUACUGCCGCCUGAUCGACUACGCUCGUAUGCGCCAGAUCGCAGACAAGGUCGGUGCUUACCUCGUGGUCGACAUGGCCCAUAUCUCCGGUCUGAUCGCUGCCGGCGUAAUCCCGUCUCCAUUCGAGCACGCUGACAUCGUCACAACUACAACCCACAAGUCCCUCCGUGGCCCCCGAGGCGCCAUGAUCUUCUUCCGCAAAGGUGUACGCAGCACUGACGCCAAAACCGGCAAGGAGAUCCUCUACGACCUCGAAGGCCCCAUUAACUUCUCCGUCUUCCCUGGCCACCAAGGUGGUCCCCACAACCACACUAUCACCGCCCUAGCCGUCGCCCUCAAGCAAGCAGACACCUCCGAAUUCAAGCAAUAUCAAGAGCAGGUCAUCAAGAACGCCAAAUCCCUCGAAAACGAAUUCAAGAAACUGAACAUCAAGCUCGUAGCCGACGGAACAGACUCCCACAUGGUCCUUCUCGACCUCCGUCCACAAUCCCUAGAUGGUGCUCGUGUCGAAGCCGUCCUGGAACAAAUCAACAUCGCCUGCAACAAGAACUCCAUCCCAGGCGAUAAGUCAGCCCUAACGCCAUGCGGUAUCCGAAUCGGCGCUCCAGCUAUGACAUCUCGUGGCUUUUCCGAGGACGAUUUUAAGAGGGUAGCGCGCUACAUCGUGCAGAGCAUCGACUUGUGCAAGAAGGUUCAGAGUGAGUUGCCUAAGGAGGCGAACAAGCUGAAGGACUUCAAGGCCAAGGUUGCCAGCGAGAGUGUACCUGAGAUACUGGAGUUGAGAAAGGAGAUUGCUUCGUGGGCUAGCUCGUUCCCUCUCCCAGUGUAA